AUGCAGGAAGUCUUGCGGGUGUACUGGGGCUACGCUUUCACCGAAGAGACCGUUCGUGGACCCAUUCAGAAGUGCAUGCAGAAUCUUGUCGUGGCCAUGGAGGCCACCCAGACCCAGACAGACACACCCUCCGGGUCCGUGCAGAUGCAGCGGCUAGUGGAUGCUGUGACUGUGGCACUGCAGUCUUCGAAAUCCUGGUGCGAAGCCUCAAGACCGGGAGGCACAAUUGCUUUGCAGAAGAAAUGCUUCAAAGCUCUCGAGCAGGCCGUGGACUUCGUUGCAAAGGAGGCCGCGACCCCGACCGAGACCGCAGUUUCGGCUGUGCGUGUGUCGGAGUUGUGCCAAAAAGCAUUGAAUUCUCUUCCUGAGCUUGCAAGCGUGCCCGAAUUCCAGACUUGGGAGCAGACGGUUGCCACCUGGGUCGAGACGCUGAAGCCACACGUCAGCGAGGAGGUAGUGAACCAGAAAUGCAAGAAGCUCGUGGAGGUCUUGAGACAGGACAAGCGUGAGGAUCCUGGCCUUCUGAGCCAAUCCGUGUCCGAGGCUUGCGCUUCCUGCCAGGGUGUUCUCUUGAAAGAUGAAGAUUUCGAUGAUGGCACCGCUGCCUUCGCAACAGUGGAACAUUUGUUGACGGCCGCCGCGGGUGCCGAGCCUGCAGACAUGCUGAAGUUUGCGCGACCUUGUGAAAGCCUGGCCGCUCAUUUGCCGGAGAAGAACGACGAGACUGCCGUGAUUGCAGUGGCGAGCAUCUUCAUCAACAUGGCCCAUCUUCGUGUGUCCUUGACAGAGUUUGAGAAGCUCGGCCAGGACGCAGCCGCCAAAGUCGCUCACGAGGACUACAAGCUUGUGGAGCAGAAGAUCCUCACGGCCAACUUGCGUGCAGAAAAGUGUUUGUCCGACUUCACCUCGCAGUCCGAGUCCGUCUCAAUUUUUCAGGGACCUGCAGCAUCGCUGAAAGACCUGGGUCUGCGGGGCUGCACUAGCUUGAAAGCCUUGCAUACAGGCCUGGCCCUUGACAUGGACGAAUGCAAACAGCUGGUCUUGAAGACGGCGGAGUCCAAGCUUCAGGAGCACCUUGUGAAACUCGAGAAGUUUGCAUUUGGCUGCGCAGAUGGCAAAAAGUGGAAGGAUGUCUUCCUGCCGAGUGAGGCCCAGGGCGAGGAGAGUGCUUCAACGGUGAUUGAAGCAGCAAAGCAGUGGGUGAAAGAGGUCUUCGCCCAGGAUGUGGAACCCCAAAUCGCCGUUAUGUUCAAACCGGCCAAGGCAGCGUACCAGGCUAUGGUGGCGAUCCUGGAGCGCUACAAGAUGUCAGAAAAGGAGUGGCCCAAGAACAUGGUCCACGCCAAACACGUCUUGGCAACCUCUAUGGCUACCUCUGGCGAGGCACUCCUUCUCAGAGCCAUCAUGGACGAGAACUAUGUGCAGGAGACCAGCAGCCAGCUGAAACGAUUGGCGAACAACAAGUUCGCACUCAAGCUUGAUUACAGGCGCUUGCUUCACCCGAUCAUUGUGGCAAAGGCCACGGAGUU